CGUAAAUGCAAGUACAGCGAUGCUAGUUCAACUUCCUUCAGCCAGCGCUAUUGUUGUAUCCUGAAACAUCAAUGGUAUUUCAAGAUACACUAUUUAAGACGGGAAGAGCGGCACUUGCUUUCCAAAACUUUGCGACAAUCAUGGCCCUUGCUGUCUACAAUGAAUAUCUUAGCGCAUUUGUGCAGUUGGAAGAAGUAGAGACCUCCUUUGCUAUGAGGGCCCAAGCGCCGGGUCCUUGCUAUGGCGAUUCAAAUUGUCCCGGCUUCAUAUUUAUCGCUACCAUGAUCAGUCUCUAUUUAGCCUUUGUUGCGGACAUUACGAUCUUGUAUAUCCAAAAGGUUCGCUACUCACGGGUUGGGAAUAUUUGGAAUACGAUUAGUCAACUGGUAUCCGAAGAGCUUAGGGAGUUUCUUGAAGAAGGUGAUAAUGCGAACGAUAAGACAGCUACAAGAAAGACAGCGCAAGAUGUUGAUAUAUUCGUGAAAAUCGAGAGGCUAGACAAUGAUGGCGCAAUCAAGGUUGUGAAGCAUUCCUAUCGGCAGGAAUGUCCUAACCAAGAAUAAGGAAUGAUGAACAGCUAUAAAGUCAUUACGGGUUUAAUGACUGUGGUAACGGGAAAUUAGGAUUUCUCGGAUUAGAUAAAAACAAAUUAUUUCAUGUGCACAUGAGACAGGGUAAACUUCGACCAAACACAUUCUCUCCAUAUUCCUCCUUAAACUAGAGGUUCCCCUAUUUCAGGCUGAACACAAUACCUAAAAUCACAGGACUGAUCUCUGGC